AUGAGCAUCCCCCAGACGCUGCCCCCAGGGGGCGAGGAAGAGCUCAAGACGGCCUGGUCCCCUCCAGUCAACGCCAGCUGCGCACCUGCCGAGGAGGAGGCGGCGGUAGCAGAGACCAGGGACGCAGGGACAGCGGGCAUGAUCACCAUCCAGUGCAUCUACGCACUGGUGUGCCUGGUGGGCCUUGUGGGCAACACCCUGGUCAUCUUCGUGAUCCUCCGCUAUGCCAAGAUGAAGACGGCCACCAACAUCUACCUGCUCAACCUGGCCAUCGCAGACGAGCUCUUCAUGCUAAGCGUGCCCUUCGUGGCCUCGUCGGCCGCCCUACACCACUGGCCCUUCGGCCCUGUGCUGUGCCGCGCGGUGCUCAGUGUGGACGGCCUCAACAUGUUCACCAGUGUCUUCUGUCUGACGGUGCUCAGUGUGAACCGCUAUGUCGCAGUGGUGCACCCUCUGCGUGCCGCCACCUACCGGAGGCCCAGCGUGGCCAAGCUCAUCAACUUGGGCGUGUGGCUGGCGUCCUUGCUGGUCACCCUGCCCAUCGCCAUUUUUGCUGACACCAGGCCGGCUCGGGGCGGCCAAGCUAUAGCUUGCAACCUGCACUGGCCGCACCCGGCCUGGUCGGCGGUCUUUGUAAUCUAUACUUUCCUGCUGGGCUUCCUGCUGCCCGUUCUGGCCAUUGGCCUUUGCUACCUGCUCAUCGUGGGCAAGAUGCGGGCGGUGGCACUGCGGGCUGGCUGGCAGCAGCGGAGGCGUUCAGAAAAGAAGAUCACGCGACUGGUACUGAUGGUGGUAGCUGUCUUUGUACUCUGCUGGAUGCCUUUCUACGUGGUACAGCUGCUAAACCUGUUUGUGACCAGCGUUGAUGCCACAGUCAACCAUGUGUCUCUCAUCCUCAGCUAUGCCAACAGCUGUGCCAACCCUAUCCUCUAUGGCUUCCUCUCUGACAACUUCCGCCGUUCCUUUCAGCGGGUUCUCUGCCUGCGAUGCUGCCUCCUGGAUGUUGCUGGUAGUGCUGAGGAAGAGCCCCUGGACUACUAUGCCACUGCUCUCAAGAGCAGAGGUGGGGCAGGAUGGAUAUGCCCUCCCCUCCCCUGCUAG